GAGAAAAAUAACCGCUACAUGUAAGUGCAUAUUAUGCACGGAUCGCAUACGGCCGUUCCCCUUUCAAGACACUUGGACCAAUCGUAACCGUCUGCAUUCUUCUGCGCUUAGGCAGGUACAGUGCUGCCUCACCUUCCAGCUAGCUGACUAGGUAGGUACGUUCCUAACCUAGCAGCUGCCUAGACGCCUACCUACCUCUACAGAGGUAUCAACCCCCAUUCUGCCUGGAAGCUGGAAGUGACGAAGGUGCAAACAACUUAAAAACAACCCGGGUUCAUUUCUGAAUUCAUUCUCGUUCUUCCCGUCUUUCUCAAAUAUCAAUUCAGGCAAGCAAUUCAAGCAAGCCAUCUACAUACUUGUUCAGUUGUUCUACCCCUCUCGCCUGCCCAAUUACCACCACCGGUACCUAUCGAUCAUAUCGAUCAUUAAUUCAUCCCGCCCCCAAUUUCCUAAUUUCCCAAUUUGUCAACACUACGACAUCACGGCCAUAGGUUUCAGACUAUGGAGGUUGACAAUAUGAGUCCCUUCUUAGAUAUUCCUCUUGAAGUGCUUCUCCAAAUAUCUUCCUACCUUACAACUUCGGAUUAUGGAAAUCUUCGCCAUGUCUGUCGGCGACUGGAGGUGUCUCUCCUCCAGUCAUUCACCCACGAGUUCUUCACGAAGAGGCAGUUCAUGAUUAGCGAGUUCAGUCUUGGCGCGCUCGUAGACAUCUCUAAGUCUAGAUUCGCGCCUAGUCUGUCCCAUCUAAUCAUUAGCAUUGAGCGUCCGCCUAUACCACCUAGUCUACCAGUUCACAUGCAGGUCUUUUCCGAUGUUGAACAAGCACUGCGGUAUAAUAGGAUGCGUGAAGAACACAUGAGCCAUCAAGCCUUAAUCACCACAGGUCGGGACCUCCAACUUCUCACUGAAGCUCUUUGCAAUCUACCCAACCUUAAAACAAUCGGACUACGUGACUUCAACUCUUCUGGCCGAUAUCGCGAUGGGGCAGACAAUACCUGGCACGCUUACGGUGCCCCAACCUUCCUCUGGGAGACAAACUUUCCCCUUGAUCAACCACGAUUCGGCGGCCGCCAUCUUGACUCUAGCUUGGUAGAAUCUCGUAUACAAUACGUUUCCUACGUGUUCUUGACGAUGCUCCGAGCCCUAGGCAAGGCCAAAGAGACACAUAGCCCUACUCAGCUGGAGGUAAUCCUUAGAAAUUGUCAUCUCCCGAGUCUAGCAUUCAACGUGCCUCAUUAUCUUGAAUCGACGAUUACGCCCUUUCUCAAAGACCUCAAGACGCUCUUCCUAGAUUUGGGACCUGCAUCAUUUUCUACCCUGGUUAUCAAUAACGGGGGAAAUUUCCAGGGUUAUCUUGGCCUCACUCUAGUGACAUUCCUGUCGAAAACGACAUCUCUAGAACACCUGAGAUUGAAUUUCCGGAGCUGCGCUAAAGAUGAAACGAGGGACCUCCUUCAGUGGUUGAUCCGUACGCCUGAGUCUCCGAGUGGCUCAAAACACCAAGGGAUUGAAGUAAAUAAGAUGCAAGAAAAACUACCACGGAUACCGCAGACCCCUGCAUUUCAGCAUCUGGAGGAGCUUGAAAUUGGAAUGAUAACUAUCGAGCCAUCUCUCCUUCUCAACAUUUACAAGAGGUUUAAGUCAAGUCUACGCAUAAUCUCUCUGCACAAGGUCACCUUCUCUAUUGAAUCGCAAAAUCAGGUCGCGGACAGGGUCAACCUCUGGGCUUCAUUCUUCGGGCAGAUGGCGAAACUCAAAUUCAAUCUCUCCGUCAUACGACUCUCCUUCUUAAAACAGAUACAUUCCAUGUCCGCGUAUUCGAUAGAAUUCAAAGAUAAGAACCAAACUUCAAGCGUUCCGAAUUAUGGUACGGAAUGGGCAGGCAAUGACUUCGAGCGUUCUUCGGGAGAAUUGAUUGCCUCAAUGUUUAUCAAUUGGCCUCCUGACCAGGAUAUGCAAGAGGACAGCGAUACUUCACCAUCCGAAGAUGACGAUGAUAUUGAUGAUGAGUAGAGCUCUUUCGAUAGUAUCGACAAUUUCUAGGAGUCUGAGACAGUGGGGUAUCUAAUAAUGGACUUCAAGAUAUUUUCUUUGUUCUAGUUUGCGAUGCCUUGUCUGUACGUUUGGACUCAGAAGCAAUCCCUGGAUUACCGAAUGGAGAAAAUGGAC